GAUCACUUCCCUGUAAUUUCGUCAUAAGGAAUGCGAGGAUGCGAACGAGCAGCAUAUACCUCCCUCCAUCUUGGAAACUCCGAUGCCAAUCACCUCUCUCUACUGUUUACACUCGAUAAUAGUAAAUCAGGAAGCUAUUAAAAUACUGCCAUUGGAACGAUGAGAUAGAUCGUUUCUAAAGCGCUCUCGGAUGCAGAGUAGGUCAAACGAAAGCGAUCACUUUUGGUGGACUUUGUGGGAUCAGGGAGCCUCAUUUCGCGGUUGGUUACAGCUCGUCAAUCUGCUCUGACUAAAUUAAGAGUUCAGGGGGGAUAAAGGGAAGCUGAAAUGAUUCGAGUCCUGAGCCAGGGAUGUGACGUGGUAAUUCCUGAAGUACUUGAUGAUUUCUUGUGCACAUGCUGCAGACUUUGACUCCUUUCUCCACAUCGAGCUGGCCCAAUCCUAGAUCCCCGACGCGUACGAAAAGGUCAGAGACUUCAGAGGCCGUGUUGACUUUUGAGCCUUGUUUGCAUAGAACUGUCGUUUCCACGAUCUCUGGGUAUGCUGGAUCACAGCGUCUGAGGUUUACACUUCACAGCUGACCAGUCCGAGGGCAGAUUCAGAAGCUUUCAGAAAAUUGGUAAGCAACUAGGAAGGCAGGGGGUUGCUGAUGAUCUCAAACCCGAGGAGCAACAAACGAACGGUGAAGAACACAAUUGUUUCGAGAUCGAGGGCAAUUAAUUAGGUUUAGUUUGAUAACAGAGAGUGGAUGUGCUGAUGAAGAUUUGUGCGUGGUCGACACUUUGGUCUGGAUUUUCAGGGCGAAAGUAGUAGUAGUAGAUGGUACAUGAUGGCUAGCAGGAAGUAGAAGAUGGGUCUGGAUUUUCAGGGCGAAAGUAGUAGUAGUAGUGGGUACAUGAUGGCUAGCAGGAAGCAGAAGAUGGAACACGUUCUGCAUUUGGAGCGCAUAGAUCUGAUGGAUGAGCUGAUGGCUAAAAUGAAACGAGCUCGGAGUACAGCGAAUCCGACAAUCUUCCGCCCCUCGACUCGCUCGAAUCAUUCAGAGCAGUACUCGCCAACGUACAUCUCUCUGGGUCUGUACAACAAGGACAUUCAGGUGAAGGAAUCGACUACCAUCGACAGGUACAAACUCGAAAUCAAGCUGGAGAUGGCGGUGGUCUUCCAAGAAACUGUAAAAAAGAGCUGGACAGAAAUUUGUCAACUGGUGGUCGAGAGCCCUGAGGAUAUGAAGAACAUUUACGAUGACUGCCCAAUAGACGAUCCACAGGCAGUCCGAAACAUCCUCACUCUAGACGCAGUCUUCGUGACCUGCAUAUUGCACACUCUCUGGGACGUCCAUGGAUCAGAAGGCCACUCGGUGCAGCCUCGCUUUGCGGAAAUAGCAGAGGUGGUGCAAGAUCGUGGCUUGAGGAAGAGCAGCUCCGGAGUCAUGCUCGACAUCCUGGCCAUCUUCCAGAAUCAGAUUCCGCUCCAGCUCAUCACGAGGGUAGUGGAGAUUAUGUAUCAGAGUCGUCCCAUGGAAGGAAGUAAGGAGGCCCAGAGUUCAUCUUCGCUGUACUUCCCAGCUGAUCCCAACAGCGUAACUCUCGAGAUCGAGGAAUUGCCUUUGAACUCGGUGGAGAGUAAACCCUCGACGGCGGUUCGGGUGCUCAGCGGCAUAGCCGAAGUGGUGUGUGGGUUGAUGCGGUACGUUCUGCCCGGGCCAUCCGACCAUUACGAUCGCGCCCCACCGAUACAAACUGCAGAUUACAGCCAUCUUCUCGAAUGCGUGUACUGGGGAGCUCUGCAACAUAAUACAUGGGAGUGGCCUGAGGAGAAAGAUGCCACGCAUCCCAUAGCCACAGCCACGCAGCUCCAGAAGGCCGGCAUCAGUAUUGUCAGAGGCUCUGGAAGCAUAAACGACGUCCGAUUUAAGAGAGGAAUUUUCACAGCGACUCUCAUAGUUCCGCAGCUGCGCAUCACGCCCUGGACGGAGACGAUUCUGAGGAAUCUGCUUGAAUUCGAGAGCAGAGUGCUGAAGAAAGGAGACCUGAUGUGCUACCUGUCCUUCAUGGAUCAACUCAUCGACACGGAGGAGGACGUUCUCCUCCUGAAAGAGAGAAAACUGUCGGUCAUCGAAUUGUCUCUCCUAAGCAGUGACAUCGACGUGGCCAACAUCUUCAACUCACUGCUGCAUUCCUCCAACGAUGUGCCCAUUUCCAAACAAUGGGCCACACUACGGAAGGACAUUCAUAGCUUCUAUAACAAUGACAAGCGGCAGUUGUGGGUAGAGUUCGUACAAAUUUAUUUUGGUCGGCCGUGGUUUACUGCCUCGGUGGUCGCUGCAUUCGCCCUGCUCGUCUUGACAUUCCUUCAGACAUUCUAUACUGUAAAAGCUUAUAAUAAAUCUGGCAGUCCGGCCACUAGCUAAUGCAUGGGCUACUCACAGGUGAUCAAAACUGGACAGCGAAGCAGGAAUUCGAGGUAUUCUCCAUAGGAACAAAUUAAGAAUCGGUAUUAAGCAGCCUUGGCUCUUAGAUCAACAAGAAACGAUUUUGCUGUUUUCCAGAAGGGCCGGGACUCAGAAGCAAGAGCUUUUGCCGAGUUCAUCAGUUUCAAGCACCGUACUGUACAUUUCUUUAGACCCUUUCUCAUUAGGUAGAUAAUUUCCUCAUUGGGUUCAAAGUGUAGAAGCUCUCUCAACAGUAUAAUAUCCUGAUUGCUUGUUUAGAAGAAUGAACGCGAUUGGAAGGAUUUCUUUGCUUUCCUGUGAGUGUGUGUAUCAUGCCACUUUACUGCGAGUGUGAUCUAUAUCCUGUGCUUUGAUGCACAGCCCCAUUCUCAGGAGCAUUGGUCACACAAAAGAGGAUCCAGUUCUGGAGAUGUUUGUGAGAGACAUCACAUCGUACAGCACAAUGAUGAUUUGCAUUCGUCUUUUCAUGUACUGUUUACUAGACCUGAUAGUGUAAUUAAAAUCAGCUGUAACUUACGGUAUACGGUAUUUCAUUUCAUAUGAC